AUGUCGUUUCUAGCACGCACGAUACGACCCUUCGCGGUCUCACAGCAAGUCUUCAAGCAAUUUGCGAAACCAUCACAGGUCAUUCGCGCAUUCCACAAUUCACCACCUCAAUACAAACCACAAUCGAAUCCUCUACGAUCGACCGCUUCCGCAUUCACAAAGUCGAGGCUGACCUUUCAAAAUGCCUUCAAGCGCAAUUAUCAGCAACAAUCGGCCAACCCACUUGCUCAAGGUAACCUAACACAGCGGAUGCUCUACGGUGCUGCUCUCGUUGGUGGCACGGCUUUGGCAGUCAACCUGAUCUUUAACCGUGAAACCAGAGGGGAGACAAUGCCAGACUACGAACGAGCAUACCUCAACGAUACCUUCAUGCACACUGGUCUGGGAAUCGGCAUCAUCGCAAUCGCGGCUCGAACCCUCCACGCAAGCGGCUGGUCCUAUCGUCUCAUGUCCUUCAAUCCAUGGCUCGUCAUCGGUGUCUCACUAGCAGCCAGCAUCGGAACCAUGUACGGCACAUUCCGUACUCAUCCUGAUAACUACGUUCAGAAAUAUGCACUCUGGACAGGUUUCAACAUUGCACAAGCCGCAGUCUUGUCUCCUCUCCUCUUCAUGAACCCAGCUAUCCUCGCAAGAGCAGGCCUUUACACACUUGGUAUGAUGGGUAGUAUCGCCUUCGUUGGUGCGACUGCGAAGCAAGAGAAGUACUUGUAUCUUGGUGGACCACUCCUUGCUGGUGUCGCAAUCGUUGCUCUAACCUGGACUGAGAACAUCUGGUUGUAUGGUGGACUAGCUGUAUUUGGUGGCUUCACCCUGUACGACAUUCAGAAGAUUUUGCAUCAUGCAAGAAUGGCAGAGAGAGGAUUGGUAAGGAAAGAUGUGGUCAACGAGAGUGUGAGCUUGGAGUUGGACUUCCUGAACAUCUUCAUCAGGAUGGUGCAGAUUUUAGGCAUGAGACAGAACAACAGGAGAUAA